AUGGCAAGUCACAAGCCAACCCCAGCAGAAAGACAGGACAAGAAGCACGGCAGGGAAACCCAGGCGAUGCCAGCCGGCGACGACAACAAGGCCGCGGCCGGCGAGGGCAGCCAGAGCGGCUACACGGCCCUCGGCGACGACCAGCUCCUCCUCAUCGGCGGCGAGUACGUGAGGAGCUCCGACGGGGCGACGUUCGCGGUGACGAACCCGAUGACGGGGGCCAGGAUCUACGAGUGCGCGUCGGCGACCACGGAGGACUACACGCGGGCCAUCGAGGCGGCGCACGACGCGUUCCAGUCGUGGUCCAGGACGGGGCCCUCGGCGCGGCGGCUGGUCCUCCUCCGGGCCGCAGACAUCCUCGAGACGUACCUCGAGAAGGACGCGCCGCAGCUGCUGUCGAGCGAGGUCUCGGCGACCAGGGCGUGGGUCAGGCUCAACGUCCUGUCGACGGUGAAUGUGCUGCGGGAGGUGGCCGGCCUCGCGACGCACAUCAAGGGCGAGAUCGUGCCUGCCGACCGGCCUGGGACGACGAUUCUGGUUGAGAGGCAGGCUGUUGGGGUGAACUUUGCGAUUGCGCCGUGGAAUGCGCCGAUCAACCUGACGGCCAGGGCAAUCGCCUGCCCCCUGAUCUGCGGCAACACAGUCGUCCUCAAGCCGUCCGAGUUCAGCCCCAAAUCGCAGCACCUCGUCGUCCGCGCCCUCGCCGAGGCCGGCCUGCCCGCGGGGUGCCUCAACUACCUCCCCGCCAGCCCGGCGCGGACGCCCGCCGUGACCGAGCACGCGGUCAAGCACCCGCUGGUGCAGCGCGUCAACUUCACGGGCUCGGACCGCGUGGGCCGCAUCAUCGCCGGCUGGGCGGCCGAGGUGCUGAAGCGGUGCGUCCUCGAGCUGGGCGGCAAGGCGCCCGUGGUUGUGCUCCCGGACGCGGACGUGGCCGACGCCGUCGAGGCGGUUGUGUUUGGGGCGAUGAGCAACUCGGGCCAGGUGUGCAUGAGCACGGAGCGUGUCAUAGUCCACAGGAGCAUCAUGGGCGAGUUCAGGACCAGGCUCCUGGAGAGGGUCGCCCAGCUGAGGACGGGCAACCACCUCGACGACCCGGACGUCUCCAUCUCGGGCCUCUUCACCCCGGCAUCGGCAAGGAACGUCCUGCAGCUCAUGGAGUCGGCCGUCGAGGCGGGGGCCAGGGUCCUCGCGGGCGACAUGCGCAUCUCGGGCCCCAACAGGACCAUCGUGUGCCCGCACGUCCUCGAGGGCGUCACGCCCGAGAUGGACGUCUUCCGCAGGGAGUCGUUCGGCCCGAUCCUGUGCCUGUUUGAGUUCGACACGGAGGAGGAGGCCGUCGCGUCGGCCAACGACAGCGACUACUCGCUCUGCGCCAGCAUCUUCAGCAGGGACACGAUGCGCGCGCUGGACGUCGCGAGGCGGGUGCGGGCUGGCAGCUGUCAUGUCAACGGCCCGACGGUGUAUAUCGAGGCGACGCUGCCCAAUGGCGGUGUUGGCGGGAGCAGUGGCUACGGCAGGUUUGGUGGAAUUGCCGGCGUGGAGGAGUUUACUGAGCGCAAGAUCAUCAGCUUGGCUUCGCCUGGACAGAAGUACAAUAUCUGA